AUAAAACACUCCUCAUGUUUCCUUACCUCUUGUUUCUUCACAUUUUCUUUGCAGGCAGGGAUCACAUUUUCCGUGCAGUGCACAAGAACAAUCUGUAAGUUGGCAACAGGAUCUUUGUAGCAAGGAAGGAGAAGGGAGGUCUGUAUAUAAGUCUCACCCUUGCUGCCCAUAUUGUGCACAACCAAAAAUCAAAAAUCUUAUCAGUUGUAAGGGAAGAGAGGCAAAGCGAUUGUAAUUUCAACAAAAGAGAUACAGGGAUUGGGAGAAAUUUCAUACAGUGAGCACAGAUGAGCUGCUUUUCAUGCUUCAAGACUGACAAGAAGAUGUUGUCCAAUAGGAUGGAUGCAAUGCCAGCCGCAGUCAUGAAGAAAGUCUCGACACAACAUGGAUCAUCCCUCAAGAACUCUGGAUCUGACAAGUUGCCACAUGCCUGUUCAAACCACAAGCAAUCAUCUAAAGCAGCAGAAAAAACUGAACCUCCCAAAAGAAUUUCAGCUCCUGCGAAAACUCAGAAAACAUUUACAUUCCGUGAGCUAGCAACAGCCACCAAUAACUUCCAUUCUGAUUGUAUUCUGGGAGAGGGGGGCUUUGGAAGGGUCUACAGGGGGCAGCUUGAAAAUGGGCAGGUUGUAGCUGUCAAGCAAAUGGAGCAUAAUGGCGUUCAAGGUAACAGGGAGUUCAUAAUUGAGGUCCUGGUACUCGGGAACAUGAGCCACCCAAACCUGGUAGACUUGAUUGGCUUUUGCACGGAAGGAGAUCAAAGAUUACUGGUGUAUGAGUACAUGGCCCUUGGUUCACUUGCAGACCACUUGCUUGACAUCACUCCAGAUCAAGAACCGCUAAGUUGGCAUACCAGGAUGAAGAUAGCACAUGGAACUGCUAAGGGGCUUGAACACCUCCAUGAGAACACAACUCCGUCUGUCAUCUACCGGGAUCUCAAGUCCCCCAACAUUCUUCUUGACAAUGAUUACAACCCUAAACUGUCAGACUUUGGUCUUGCAAAGGUAGGCCCUGUUGAGGGAGGGAGACACAUCGAAACUAGGGUGAUGGGCACAUUUGGGUACUGUGCUCCAGAAUAUGUAAAAACAGGCGUGCUCACUACCAAGACCGAUGUCUACAGUUUUGGGGUUUUUCUACUUGAGUUAAUAACAGGAAAAAGAGCUGUGGAUACCUGCAGACCAGUUUGUGAACAAAUCCUGGCUUACUGGGCCAAACCCAUGCUUCACAAUAGGAGGUGCCAUGAACUGGUAGACCCUCUUCUUAGAGGUGAAUAUCCAGAUAAAGAUUUUUGCCAAGCUGUGGCCGUGGCAGCAAUGUGCCUAUAUGAAGAAGCCUCAUCUCGGCCGACUAUGAGUGACAUUGUUGUCGCAUUGGGAUUCCUUGCAGAAGUACCUGCAGGCAGUGAAGAGAAGAUUAAAACUGUACUCCAAAACAAAAAGGAUGAAGAUCCCUCAGUAACUAGUAGCUCUAAGCAAGAUCAAAGAGCAUCCGAUCGUCAACGAGCAGUAGCUGAUGCCAUCGAGUGGGGUUUUAUGAGGCAGAAACAAAAAAGCUCAAAUUCAAGAAAGGAAACUCAACAUGAGGGCAUUAUAGCCCCCAAUUAAAACGUGCUGUAAAACCAGUAAUGUAUGUCUCCUAACUUGUAACUCUGUAAUGAUGUGCAAGCUUUAGGGCUGAAAUGUCAUAAAGAAAUUAGAAUUUGUAAAUGGCAUUCUUGAUUUGUGUCUCUAACCUAUAACUUCACAAUGUUGUGCAAGCUUUAGGGCUGAAUUGUCAUAAAGAAAUUAUUCAUAAAUGGCCUUGUUGUCUGAAAAAAGAUGUCAAGGAGAAAUAUCAUGGUGCUAUUGCCCCU